CAACACCUUUUUCCAGCAAAAAGCUAUUUCACGUUAUACACUUACGCUUCCUUACUUGAAAUAUGGUGCUAUCAACAUUACUCUUCGUUUUGGUUUUGGUGGCCCUUGGUGGUGCAGCUUCUGCGGAAAAUGUAGUUUGCACUUCAGAUUUUGAAAUGAUCAUUUCUGAAGAUUGUAAAACCCUCUACCGCUGUGUCUGGAGAAAGCCCGUGAGGAUGCCUGAUUGUGCCCCAGGACUCGUCUACAGUCGACAGUAUGGGGUGUGCGUGUACCAGGGCAGCGAAUUUGACGACUGUGCAGCGAAGAAAGGUACAAAGGACUCCUGCACCAGUAAACCCUGUAAGAACGGAGGGGGCUGCAAGCCCUCAGAGGACGGGAAGUCCUACACGUGUGCCUGCCCCGCGGAGUAUGGAGGAGACAACUGUGAAAAGGCUCUUACGAUACAAGAAAUCUGCAUUGCUCAAUUGUACUACCGAGCCCCCCAUCCACAACAAUGUCAGCUCUUCUACGACUGCGCCACGAUGUCCGACACUGCACCUUUCUACUUUGGACAACAUCUGCGAGAGUGCAAAUAUCCACAGCUGUUCUCGGAGCAAACGUUACAAUGCGAGAACUACACAGAGGUCAACUGUGGAAACAGGACAGAGCACAAAUCACCAUGUGAUUACCUUUCACAUCAAUGCAGAGGCUCACAUUGCCAGCCAUGCGCUCUAAACCAUCCAAGCUGCGAGGGCAAAGAAGACGGUACCCAUCAACACGGCUACAAGAUUGAAUCGCCAUGGUUUAUGGUUUGCAAAGACGAAAGAUUUGUCUCCGAUGGGCUCUGUCCCAGGGAUGCUAUUCUCCACGUACAUUCGAGAAUAUACAAAGGAGAGUGUACUAGUUUGUAUGGCAUUCCCAAGGACGAGGGAGGAAUCAUGCCCGACUGUUCCGGCCUGACGGACGGAAAUCAUAAAGACGAGAAUGUAAAUCCCCAUAUUUACUACACUUGUAAUGGAGGGGAGACAACCGUGAAAAUGUGUCCGACAGGCCAAAUCUAUGACGAAACUGAAAAAGCAUGCAUAGAGGAAUGAAGAGGGGGAGAUUAUUAAAUUUCAAUCAUAUCUGUAAAGUACUUUUAAAAUCAAAUAUAUAAGACAAGGCAUCUUCACCAGUCAAGGGUUAUUGAUCGUUACCUCGCAUUUACUCAUGACAUCAGUCACCAUUCAAAACAUAAGUUCGAGACGGAGCAUAUGAUUGGUGUUGCAAACCUGUAGCGUGGAAGCAAUUAGAAAGCUGUUUUCAUAGUCGGUCGAAAACGAAACUAAACAUGCAUAGCGACGGUAACGAGGUGUAUAAUCUAUUGCCAUUUACCAGUAAACAGAUACUCUUGACUGAUUUUCGGAAAUUCAUGUUUUUAAAGUAACAAAUAGACGAAGUUUUAUUUGCUUUUCACGUAAUAUUUUCCGUUAAUAAACGCCAUUUUUUAUUUUCUGUUUGUGUUCUUAAACAAACUUGCAUCUGAAACAAGGAAUAUCAUUGGCUGAUUUAGUUUUAGCGUAUUGCGUCAUCCUUCGUCCCGAACCGACUGAUGUCAAGGGUUAGUGUGAGGUAACGAAUCAAUAACCCUUAACUUGUGAAGAUGAAGUAAAGGUAUUUUUUUAUGAAAGUGAAAGGAUGUUUGAGGGAGCUAUGGUUGUGGAUAUAAGAACAUGUAUACAAUGUACAUCUAGUAAUAUUGAAUGCAUUUACAAAGUCGCUCCCAUGUAAAACAACCUAGCUAUAUAUAAACUCUUUUAUUUUACUUAACCCUCAAAUUGUACGACUCUCAAAUAACUUUGAAAUGUAUCGGAUUGUUUAUUUAGAACUAUAUUCCCAGGGUUGUUGAGCAAUAUGUAAACAGGUCUUGAUUACAAAUUUUAUCAGAAAUAAAAACAAAAAUGAGA